GCUCAUCCUGCUUCCUCCAUCACUGCUCGAUUCACUCAAGCACCCUCCCACUGAAUAUAACACCUGCAGGCGCAGAUGGAAAACAAUGAACUGCAGCGGUCAGCUUAUUAGGAUGAUAAUGGAUCAAGUGUGACGACUUCACCCUCCUGCCCAGUUGGCCUACCUAACUCUGUAACUAUGGCAACUUGUCAGAGGGGCUGCGCACCAGCUGUGCGCUUUUGCCAGAGGCUAAACCGACUCAAGACACUUGAUGACGACAUGAUGGCCACAUCACUGAAACGCUGUCUCUCCACCCUGGACCUGACGCUGUUGGGUGUUGGCGGCAUGGUGGGCUCUGGGCUCUAUGUCCUGACAGGCACGGUGGCUAAAGACAUGGUCGGACCUGCUGUCAUUGUAUCCUUCAUUUUUGCAGGUAUUGCCUCUUUGUUGGCAGCCUUUUGCUACGCAGAGUUUGGAGCGCGCAUUCCCAAAACAGGAUCAGCCUACAUGUUUACUUAUGUCUCUGUGGGAGAGGUCUGGGCCUUUCUGAUUGGUUGGAAUGUCAUCCUGGAAAAUAUGAUUGGAGGUGCUGCUGUGGCGCGAGCAUGGAGUGGAUAUCUGGACUCCAUUUUUAACCACACCAUCCAGAACUUUACUGAAACCCACAUAAUGCGGUGGGAUGUGCCCUUCCUUGCCCAUUACCCAGACCUACUUGCUGCAGGAAUUCUGGUGGUUGCCUCUCUUUUUAUUUCCUUCGGCGUUCAAGUGUCCUCUUACCUCAAUCAUAUUUUUUCCACCAUCAGUAUGUGUAUCUUAGCUUUCAUCCUGGUCUUCGGAUUUAUACUGGCAGAACCAGCAAAUUGGAGUCAAAAGGAAGGAGGUUUUGCCCCUUUUGGAUGGUCUGGAAUCUUGGCUGGCUCCGCCACCUGCUUCUACGCAUUUGUAGGUUUUGAUGUGAUUGCAUCCUCAAGUGAGGAGGCCAAAAAUCCCCAGAAGGCUGUACCCAUUGCCACAGCAAUAUCCCUUGGACUGGCAGCAGCAGCCUACAUCCUGGUGUCCACAGUGCUCACAUUAAUGGUUCCCUGGCAUACUCUGGACCCCAACUCAGCUCUGGCAGAUGCCUUUUUCCGUCGAGGUUACAGUUGGGCUGGGGUUAUUGUGGCUGUGGGUUCCAUCUGCGCCAUGAACACUGUGCUGCUGUGUAAUCUCUUCUCCCUCCCUCGGAUUGUGUACGCGAUGGCAGAAGAUGGAUUGUUCUUCAAAAUCUUUGCACGAGUCAAUCCUAUCACCAAAGUCCCCGUCAAUGCUAUUCUGGUUUUUGGAUUCCUCAUGGCCACCCUGGCUCUCAUCUUUGACCUGGAGGCUUUGGUUCAGUUCUUGUCCAUUGGGACCCUUCUGGCCUACACCUUUGUGGCUGCCAGCGUCAUCGUUCUUCGCUUCCAGCCGGAGAAAACCAGCUCCAAAGGGACUUCAUCCACAUCUCCAAACACUAAUGCGGAACCUUCUCCUGCCCCGUCAGAAUGUCAGAACAUAUCAGAGGACAGUGGUGAGCUGAAACAGUAUGAGUCCUUCUCUGACAAGCUCCAGUUGGUAGAGAGGCAGAAGACAAGGGAGCGCAGAGGAGUGGGCCAGCUGAGGGCCUACUGGGAACCUUAUCUGGGCAGGCUGCUUGGCAACUGUGAGCCCGGCGAGGUGGUGGCCCUGUGUGUGCUGGGUCUGAUCGUGAGCUCGGUGUCCUUUUGUGCUGUGGUGGUAUUCGGAACCAACCAGAUGCAGCUGCCACAAUGGAGCUUUGCCACUCUGCUGGUGAUUUUCAGCCUUGCUUAUGUUAUUUGCAUGGGACUCAUAUGGGUUCAUGAACCACAGACUAACGCCAAAACAUUCCAGGUACCCGUGGUUCCGUUGAUACCAGGGGCCAGUAUCCCCAUUAAUGUGUUCCUUAUGAUGAAGCUCAGCCCUCUAACCUGGAUUAGGUUCACUGUAUGGAUUGCCAUAGGUCUCUUGGUGUAUUUUGGCUAUGGGAUUUGGCACAGUAAAGAGGGCAUGAGGGAGCUGCAGCCGAAAGACAUGGCUGCCCGGUACGUCGUGCUCCCCAGCGGCAGCCUUGUAGAAACCAUGGAGUCUGUCCAGCCCGAUGCACCAUUGGACGCCUCGGCACCUCAGGUGAAACCUUCAACUGCCCUGACAACUGAGGAGUAUUCCGAAAGGAGGUGAUGUGUAACCAGACAAACUGCCUGCUGUCUACUAUCCUUAUCACUGUUUAUACACUUUGUAUGUCACACCUGACUGGCCUGCUGCUGGUGUCUGUACACAUCGUUCUGCAAGUUUAAGCACACCAACGGAUGGGGUGUAAAUCCUCUCUUAUUGUGAAGUUCAUUUGUAUACUGUAUCUUGUAAUACUUCAAUGCAAAGUAGAGCGCUUUCUUACGAACCUGCAUCUCUUUUGUCACAUAUUUCAAAACAAUAUGAGGUUGUAGGUUAUGUGCUGUGAGGGUGCUUUUUCUGUGACAACGUUUUGUUAUAACCUUUGACACUAUUUUGGAUAAAGUUGGGAACUUUAACAUCAAACCAAAAAUAUCAUGUUGAGUAUAAUCAGCAAUUAUGUGUUAAAUAUUUUUAGUCGGUCAGAGAUUUUUUAUUAUUUUCCAUAACAUCUUCAUUAAACCUCAAGAGGAAUUAAAGGCUCAAAGAAUGUGGAUCUUUAUGGUACAUUCCAACUGGUUUGAAUUUCGUGGAUUCUCACAAAUUCUUUAACUUCAGAUGAUAAACGGUUUGUUUAUAUUUAUAUUAGAAUUCAUUUUGAUUCCUAUUAUUACUUUUUUGGGUCUGUUCAUGAAUUAGUGCUGUUUUACACCAACUUUUCCCUGAAAGAGGAACACUUCGGUGCUUCACUUUAAUCUCCUAAAUCUCAUCCCAUGACCCUGAUCUCUUUUGUGUCACAAUGAGUUUAUUUCUUCAUGCACUGCUAAAUAGCACUCAUUUCUCUUGCUACUAACAUACUUACAGAUAUCGAAGCACAGAGGUUAAUCAGCCUGUUUAACGUCAUACAUCAAAACUGAUUUUAGAUACAAGGCGAGCACAAAUUGACUGAUAUUAAAUGUUUGCAAGGGGAAAAUUCCCAGACGGUCGGUUGUGCUAAACUGCUUUGUCUGUAAUCCAAGCUAAUGUGCAGCAGUUUGACCUCUGCUCCAGAUGUCUCCUUAUAUACAUUCCCACAAUCUAGUAUCUGAUGUAUACUCUAUUUGUUUUCACUUCUUGUCUGCGUUUGAAACCGAUGGCCUUAAACAUAUAAAUCAAGGAAGCUUGAUUUGUAAAGUUGAAGUGGCCAGGGUGUAUAUGAUCGUUGUACUGCACAAUAGAUUGUAUACUGCAGCUAUAGCAUGUUACAUUACAAUACAAUCCUGGAAGAGAAUGUAAAAGGUAUGGCUUUGGAUGGAGGCCACAUAGAAUUUGCACACUAUUUUACAACCCGUUUUCCAUGCUUGUUUUUGUUUUUGUUGCACCCAAAAGCACAGACAUUAUUCUAAUCCUUUCCAAUGGUGUUGCUCCUGCACAUUACAGUCUCCAUUUGUCGAUUCUGUCUGUAUGAAAGUGCUGUGUCCUAUAUGUGAAAUAAAUGUUUUGAAGCAGUA